AUGAAAACCCUCCUCACAAACGACGAUGGCAUCCACGCCCCAGGAAUCGCCGCGCUCCACCGAGCACUCGCAAACCCAGACAACCCCUUCGGAGACAUCUUCACCGUCGCCCCCGCUUCCACACAAUCCGCAACCUCCCACGGCAUCACCUACCACAUCCCCCUCAUGGUCGAAGCCGCAAAGAUCAACAACCAACCCGCACUCGCCGUCGAAGGACGACCCGCAGACUGCACCAAACUCGCUCUCACCAACCUCUACCCAGAACACUUCGGAAGCGCCGCGCAACCCGACAUCGUCAUCUCAGGAAUGAACGCCGGCGCCAACUGCGGCAUCAAUGUCAUCUACUCCGGAACCGUCGCCGCCGCGAUCGAAGCCGCAUUCAUCGGAGUCCCAGCCAUCGCCGUCUCGCUUCAUAUCGAUGGACAAGCACCAGACUGGGACCGCGCCGCACAAGCCGCACGCAAAACAAUCGACACACUCCUCCAAACCGGACUCCCAAACCAGCACGAAGUCCUCUCCAUCAACAUCCCCGCUACCCAGUACCUCAAAGAUGACACCAAAGCCGUCGUCUGCCCGAUGAACACCCACGCACUCGUCGACCAAUACGAAAAGCGCACCACCCCAAAGCAAUCCCCCUACUACUGGUCCACCGCCCACGGCCUCGACUUCCACUCCACAGACACCGGAACCGAUGUCUACGAACUCUUCGAACGAAACAUCACCAUCACCCCCCUGACCUUCGACCUCACAAGACACGACCGAAUCAACUACUGGAACGACCGCAUCAACGGCUAA